UCGUGCCAUGAAUGCAUCACCACGACAGUUAAACAACACGCUAACUUGCUAACGUUAGGUAGCACGCGGUAACCAUUAACCGCUACAGGCAACAUAUGCGAGAGCCAAGCCACCUUUAAGACAUUUUUGAAUCAAGUUUGCUCGGAGCGGAUAAUGUGCGGAAGACGCGAGCCGCCUCGUCGCAGAGCAGGCCGUAAGAGUUUGACAACAAAGCAGCUUCCGGGAAGGUGAACCCGAGCUUCACGACUCGACCAACAAGUGCGAUGGCAGUUGGAGGCCUGAUUACUGUCGAUCCCGGGCUUUAGGGGCGCAGCACCGAUCUCACCAUGCAGCAGAAAGGUGCGAUCAAAAUCAUCGAAUGGGAGGACCUGGACAAGAGGAAGUUCUACUCGCUGGGUGUGUUCAUGACCUUGACCACCAGGGCCACCGUCUACCCGGCCAGCCUCGUCCGCACCCGGCUGCAGGUGCAGAAGGGCAAGGCCCUCUACUCCGGCACCUUUGAUGCUUUCUGCAAGAUCCUGCGGGCGGAGGGCGUGCGAGGCCUCUACCGCGGCUUCAUGGUCAACACCUUCACCCUGAUCUCGGGACAGGCUUACAUCACCACCUAUGAGCUGGUGCGCAGGCACGUGGCCCAGUACUCGCCCAGCAACACGGUAAAGUCGGUGGUGGCCGGAGGGGCGGCUUCCCUGGUGGCCCAGACCAUCACCGUGCCGAUAGACGUGGUGUCCCAGCACCUGAUGAUGCAGGGACAGGGGGAGCACCUGACGCGUUUCAGGGCCAAACCCAAAGUGAUGCUCGCCACGACAAAGCGCAGGCUGAUGUUCGGGCAAACGAGGGACAUCACGGUGCAGAUAUUAGCAGCCGAUGGCUUCAAGGGGUUUUACAGGGGCUACGUGGCAUCGCUUCUCACGUACAUCCCAAACAGCGCACUGUGGUGGCCGUUUUAUCAUUUUUACGCAGAGCAACUGUCGUUGAUGGCGCCAAGUGAGUGUCCCCAUCUACUUCUGCAGGCUGUGGCGGGACCAAUGGCGGCGGCCACCGCCUCCACCAUCACCAACCCCAUGGAUGUGGUUCGUGCGAGAGUACAGGUGGAGGGACGCUCGUCCGUCAGCGAGACGUUCAAGCAGCUGCUGGCCGAGGAGGGCGUCUGGGCGAUGACCAAAGGUUUGUCCGCCCGCAUCAUUUCCUCCCUGCCCACGUCGGUCCUCAUCGUGGUGGGAUACGAGACCCUGAAGAGACUGAGUCUGCGGGCGGAUCUAGUGGAGUCCAGACGCUGGUGAUGGACCAGCAGCGCCUGGUACCGGGCUUCACCUCCACUGUGGCGAGCAGGACCUAAGGACCCGGCUGCUUUCCACACACACCCUUUGCACGCCUGUGGUGCGUCAGGAGAGGGUGGUGGCCGCAGAGGAGAAGCUGGUGUUUUCAUCUUGUUUCCUUUCGUUUGACAGAUUUGUGUCUCCUGGCCUUUUUUAUGCUAAACACUUUUAAAAGAUGGAAGUGAAAACAGUUGCUAUUAUUUUGCAUACUAAAUUUGAAAAUCUGCUUCUUGAAUAAUAGUAACACGUUUCCUUUAAAAUUGUCACAUGCACUGUAUAUUUUACCAAUAUGAAAUGACUGCAUCAACCCAAGGACCUUUUCCCACAGCUGAAGUUUGAUCAAUUCAUGCAGCUAUUUGAUUCCAUAAAUACUUACUCCAGAGAAAACAGCUCGGUUUUUUUAAAGAAAAUCUGCGACCAGGACGGUCCGACGACUUUUCAAUGUGCAAAGUCUGGGGAAUGCCGUCUUUACCCUGAGCCACGUGCCACCUUUGGCAGAGGUGUGAAACAUCCGCUCAGAAUCUUCCCUCAGUUGAGGCCCAAGUGAAGUAGAAAUAACUAUUACUAAAGCGGUCUUUACUAAAGAGUAAAGACCGCAGCAAUCGCUCCAGCAGACACUGAACUCAUAAAGCGUGUGAGGUACAUUGACAUGGUCAUAUUUAGACAUGACUGUUAUUGCCACACAACAUCUGAGGGUUGACUCUUUGUGAUUAGUUCUGAAAAGUGAAUGGACCUGUAUUUGUGGUGAAACAUGUGUAUUUACUGACUUAUUGCAGUGUGUGCAAUAAAUGAAUCAAAGUACAGUUUG